GCAGCAAAGCGGCUUAGCAACCCUCUCGGUGGUCCGCUGCUUAGAGAGGGAGUGAGUGGGCAUAGCACCAUGGCUGAGCACGAAACUAGUGGCUUGCAGAUACUUCUCUCUACUCUCCAGAGCUCCUGCGACAAGGACGUGAUUCUGAAUAUCUUGAGCGUUCUGACUGACCUUCUCUCUGUGGGGACGGACCGGAGGAUUCACUAUAUGAUUAGCAAGGGAGGCAGUGAAGCACUUCUGCAAGCCCUGCUGAAUGUGGCCCAAACUCCCACGCCGGACUACGAUGUCCUCUUGUCCCUGCUUCGCCUGAUGGCCAAGGUGGGACAGAAAGAUAAGAAGUUUGGGCUGAAAGCCCAAAAACUGGAGGCUGUUGACGUGAUGCUCAGCUUGGCAAAGAAGAAUCUGAAUCACGGUCAGAAUCUCACCCGCUGCCUUUGGGUGCUCCGAGUUUAUGCUUCUAGUGUUACAGUGGGGACCACAUUGGGAGUGAAUGGAGCCAUGGAGCUGCUCUUCAAAGUGAUCACACCUUAUACCAGGGCUCACACCGAGACAGCAAGGGCAGCGGUUGAAGCUCUGGCUGCUUUGUUGAAAUCAAAAUCUAAUAGCCGACGAGCAGUGAACAGAGGGUACGUGUGUCAGCUGCUCCGGCUAUAUGAGGACUGGCAUCAGCGUGACACCACUAACAGUUACAUAUGCAUCCGGAGGGGCUUCCUUCUUUGCCUCAAGCACAUCACCAAUGUCCGGUCUGGCCGGGAAUGUUUCCUUCUUGCAAAUGGCAUGGAGACACUCUUCAAAACAGCUCAGGACUGUCUAGCUAGCAAGAGCCUGGAUCCUAUCGUGAACACGGUGACUCAGAUCCUGAGAAAAACCUACCCCAAAAUGCCUCUUCCUUCAUCCGCUCUUAGCAGCCCCUAUUCCUUCCCUGUUCCUGGAAGCUCCAGAACUGAACCAUCGCAACCCAAGCCAGAGGAUGGCUGUGAAGAAGAUGGAGAGGAGAUCGAGAAGGACUUCAGUAACGAGGAUGUGGAAGUCAAGGAGGAAGAUGACGAUUUAGAGAGAGAUGCUGAGAAACUCAUGUCCAGGCCACAGCCCGAUCGACCAGAGUCGGAGCUUGAACAGUACCGCGCGAUGUGUUUGGAACUUUGCUGUAACUUUCGGGAGUUAAAGUCGGACUCUGAAGAUGAAAUGAGCUCCGAAGAUGCCCCCGGGACUCUAACACGUUCCUGCCUCCGUGUCAUUCCAAAGGCUGCCCCCGCAAACCACCAGCCAAAAUGUGGAGAGAGAGACCAAACUGCUAACAGGCGAAAACUGCCCCAAAGGACCUCCAGUGUUGUGCUGCAGAACUGUGUGAAGACGGAAGAACAAGAACCUGGAAAAUUGGCUUCUGAUGAACUGGGCACUGUGGUGGACUCCUUCAAGGCACAAGACAAAGCCAACACAGCCCAUCCAAACCCUCUUGCCAAAGAUGUAUCCUUGGAUAUACAAAUUUCCCAUGCCAGUUGCUUAAACUCCUGCGAACUUGGUCACCAAGGAACUGUGAGGGCCUCUGAGGUUGUCACAAAACUUCUGGAGAGACACCCAGGGAAUAUUCCUUUCCAUAAUCCUUGUUUGUACAUGGGAAAGGCUGCGUGUACCAAGUCCAUUCCAGAGUUCAGAGUGUUGGCAUUUCCUGAUUUUUGGGGUCAUCAAACUCUUCCAUAUUGCCAGUCUGUACACCAGAGGAGAUAUGGCAUCCAAAAGGCCAAAAUAUUUGAAGAUGUCCGUCGUGUUAUCCAGCCAGAGGAUACGAUAGAUCAAGUCGUCUUCAGCUUGGAUGUCCCAAGCUGUGAUGCUCCUGGGUGCCUGAAGUUCUUCUCCAAAUUUGAGUCUGGGAACCUUCGCAAGGCCAUCCAGAUGAGGGAGUUUGAGUACGACCUGAUCCUUAACCCUGACAUCAACACCACCCAGCACCAGCAAUGGUUCUAUUUCGAGGUCAGCGCCAUGAAGUCCGCCACUCCCUACCGCUUCAACAUCAUCAACUGCGAGAAGUCCAACAGCCAGUUCAACUAUGGCAUGCAGCCGGUCAUGUAUUCAGUGAAGGAAGCUCUCCAGGGCAGGCCUCACUGGAUUCGGGUGGGCUAUGAUGUCUGUUACUACAAAAAUCACUACCAGCGUUGUACGGCAGGAGGAACAGCAGCUGGUACCAGCGGGAAAUCGUGCUACACGCUCACCUUCACCGUUGUGUUCCCCCAUAAGGAUGAUGUCUGCUACCUGGCCUACCACUACCCUUAUACCUACUCUGCCCUGAUGUCUCACCUUGACAUCCUGGAACAAACCCGGAACCCUAAGAAAAUCUUCUUUCGGAGGCAGACCCUGUGCCAUACUCUGGGGGGAAAUGCUUGUCCCCUGGUCACCAUCACAGCCAUGCCUACAUCGGAAAGCUAUGCCAAUCUGGAGCAAUUCCGUGGCCGUCCUUACGUGGUCUUAAUGGCCCGUGUCCACCCUGGGGAAAGCAAUGCCAGCUGGGUAAUGAAGGGGACGUUGGAGUUUCUUGUGAGCAGUGACCCUAUUGCAGAUCUCCUGAGGCACUGCUUCAUCUUUAAGGUCGUCCCCAUGCUGAAUCCAGAUGGAGUCAUCAAUGGCAACCAGCGAUGCUCCCUAAGCGGAGAUGACUUGAACAGACAGUGGCUGAAGCCUAGCCCCACUCUCCACCCCACCAUUUACCACACCAAGGGCCUCCUUUAUUACCUCCGCAGCCUUGGCCGGGCUCCAGUGGUGUUUUGUGACUAUCAUGGCCAUUCCCAGAAGAAGAAUGUAUUCCUGUAUGGAUGCAGCAUAAAGGAGACUUUGUGGCAGGCAGGAUGCAGCAUCGACACCUCGGUGGUCACAGAGGAUGUUGGCUACAGGACCCUUGCCAAGGUUUUAGAUAAAGUGGCCCCCGCAUUUCUCAUGAGCAGCUGCAGCUUCCUGGUGGAGAAGUCGCGUGCUGCGACAGCACGGGUGGUGGCGUGGCGAGAAAUAGGCGUGCUGAGGAGUUACACCAUGGAAAGUACGUUCUGCGGUUGCAGCCACGGCCUCUACAAGGGUUUGCAGAUUGGCACUGGGGAGCUGGAGGAGAUGGGGGCCAAGUUCUGCCUGGGCCUCCUGGUAUUGCAGCUGAAAUCUCUGCCCUGCAGCAAGGAAGUGAUGGCUCAAGCAGAGGUUCUGCUAGACCUGGAAGAGGAAAUCGCAGAUCAUCGGUCACAAAGGAGCAGCAGCAGUGUGGAGACGGAUGACGAACUUCCCAUUGGAGAUGAAGUGAAUUACAAUACUGACAGCUGUUCCGACCAAGAAGGAGACUUCUUGGAGCUGGACACAAUCCGGGAACGUCCCUCCAGGGGGGAAGGAGGGAAAGCAGAGGGGGAGGCCAACAAAGGGCAGAGGGUGAUGCUCAAGUACCCUUGCAGAUGUAAUGGAGAAGCACGGGAACCUGCCAAAUUUCCACCCAGUGACUAAAUACACCCGCCUCUUGUCCCUCUGUCAAGCUUGGUCACUGUAAAAGCAAGGAGUGAGAGAUUCCUUGGGGGAAGAAGAGCUGAUCUGUCUUGUAUGCAGCAUCUGCCAUGGUUUGAAUGUCAACGAAGUUUCUCCUUCACCUUGCUGGCCUCUAGAGGUCAGGAGAGGGCCUUUGUUGCUGUUCCACACCUUGCUAUUAGCAUUCUCCCUGAGUCAUGGCAAUUAAGCAGAUCUAGGCUCCGCACAGAGGAACGGA